GAGCCUAAUGUGGAAAGCAUGUGAUAAAGACAUUUUGUGUGCUACCCCCUCCUCGGGCAGGAUUUACACCAGGGCAGAGACAGAGGUCUGAACAACACCCAGCCAGCAGAGUUAUCACCAGUUUUAGGGGUUCUGCUUUCUAAAAAUGGGAAAGAAACUCGACCUUUCCAGAUUAACAGAUGAAGAGGCCAAACAUGUGUGGGAAGUGGUUCAGCGGGACUUUGAUCUGCGCAAAAAAGAGGAAGAGCGUUUAGAGGAGCUGAAAAGCAAAAUUGAAAAAGAAAGCACAAAGCGGGAGCUUUUGUCCAGUCAGUCCCACCUCAACGAAACGCUCUGUAUCCACUGUCUGCAGCCCUUUAAGUUCCUACUAAACGGCAGACGCCAGUGCUUGGACUGUCACUUGUACAUAUGUAAAAGUUGCAGCCAGUACAACAAAAAGGAGCAAGGUUGGGUGUGUGACCUGUGCCGCCUGUCUAGGAUUGUCAAGACUGGAUCUCUGAAAUGGUAUUAUGAACAUGUAAGAACUCGUUUCAAGCAUUUUGGAAGUGCUAAGGUGAUGCGAUCUCUCUAUGGAAGGAUGCCACAUGGACAGAAAAUGAAUCCUGCUUUGCUUGGUCCUCAUGGCAGAGUACACAGCUUGCCAGAUGUCACCAGUGAUUAUCACCUGUACAGGAAUGAUGAGAGUGAGGAGGGGGAGACCAGUGAUGAUAUAGACGGAGCGGAAGCUGAGUGUUAUACCAGGAUGCGCAAGACAAGGCGCCUACUUUCUGUCCAUCCCUUUGAUUUUGAAACCGACUCAGAAUAUUCUGCCCAAUCUCGCCGUCAAUCUGUCCAGCUUUCUUCAGGUCCUGGGAAAGAAGGCUUUCAGAGUCCUGAAGAUUUUCCAAAUGGUGAGGAAGCCUCUUUGCAGAAGGACUCGAUGAUAGCUGAAGCAGACUUGGCUGCUGUCUUCCAUCGUAUCUUGCAAGAGCAGGGGCAGCACACGUCUCUUCCAGAACAGGAAUUCAGCACAGAGGUCCAGUUUACAGGCAACUCGCAUACCAAAAACCUGGAAAGAAUCCCCAGGGCUGGCAGUCCAUGGAACGUGCAGCCCCAACCCCAGUACUCAGCUGAGCUGGGUACUUCUGGUGAAGAUGAAAAAGGGGCUCAAGAAAUCCUCAUCUAUCAGCCACAGUACACAAAACCCAGGAGCCAAACAUCCACACAGGAAGAUGUAAAUCACCCUGGAAAUCAGAUGCUUGAACUGAACAAACGCAUCUCUGUUAUUGAGUGCAUGCUCAGCCGCCUUGAGGAAAAAAUCCUAGUUCACUCUGAGAAGCCCCUGGCCAUUGAGCCCCACAUUGAUUGUAACACAGAAGGGAAGGAACUGAAGAGAAAAUUAGAAGGAAGUAACAUAACUGAAAAGGCUGUUUCUUCUGAUGAAGAAAAUGCAGGAAAGAAGACUGGAGAAUCCAAACAAGAAAUGAGCUCAUCCAACGAUGACCUUCCUGCUGAUGCUAAGGAGGUGCCUAUUCCUGUGGAGAAGGUCUAUGGAUUGCAGAAAAGACUAAGAGACUUAGGCGACCAAGCCCAUCACAGUGCAACAACAGACUCAGAACUGUCUGAGCUGGAAGACAAAUUGGCAUCUGAUAUGGCUGAAGUGCAACCCAGAGCGACUGAGGUAUCUGAUAUAGAAUCCCGAAUCGCUGCACUGAGCGCUGCUGGGCUGACAGUCAAACCAGUGGAAAGGCCUAAGAAAAAAAGAAGCAUCCAGGUCAUGUCUAUGCCGCAUGUGUUGAGGAGGAAAUUCAAUAUUUCCCAUGAAACUGCAAGCAAUGCUGAAUCUUUUGCUCGGAACUCCUAUUACAGAGGUUCACUGACACAGCGAAAUCCAAAUGGAAGAAACAGAAAAGCAGAUCACAUCUUUGCGAAACCUGUGAUGACCCAUCGGUCUUGAAAACAGUGGAAUCUUCUGAGACCGAUACUGCAAGAUCUUGGCUCAAAGUUUCAUCCUGGUUGCUUUUCUCCCAUCUGCCUGUCUACUUGUUCCAUGAAAGAAGGAAAACGAAAAUGAUUCUCUCAGCAAGAAUCCUCUGGAAUUGAGGCUCUCACUUCUCUAGCAGAGCAGCCAACUUAUGAGACAACUUAUGCUAUGGAGUCCCUUCCUCAACUCCUUCCUUAGUUACCAAUUCACAUAUUUUAAACAGAACUUGGGCUCAAGCAUUUUUCUUCUUCAUCCACUCCUUAAAAUAUGUUUAUAUUCUAUAUGGCCAAGUGGAUUAAAGGCAUGUUUUCCAGGCCACUAAGCCCCUCAUUUAGCUUUGUUGGUCCCGUGUAUACAUCCUCUAGUUUCAGUGCUUGGAACUGUCCAGGAUUCAUGUUAUGCUGCUAAUUACUAAAUGAUUGUGUGAUAAGGAGAAGGAUUUGAUUGUUUAAUUUUUGAUGCUGAAAAAUCAAUAAUUCCUGCAGGUAGCUUGUACUCUUUUAAUUAAAUCUUUGUGUUCUAAUUGCAAAAAUAGAUUCAGUAACACUGUUUAAGACUAAUUCAUUAGCAUAAUAAAUGGAUAGCUGCAAUUUUGUCUAGUGCAACUAAUUCUGUUGACCCACUGGAUUAUAGUCCCUGGAAAUUUAUGCCACUAUAGACUUCCCUCAUUUUAUGCUAGGAUUAUGUUCCCAAAACCUUGCAUAAAGCAAAUUUGCAUAAAUUAAUAACCAGUGGAAAAAAGUAAAUUGCUGAGUAUGGUGGCAAAUUUUGUAACCCAAAUGCAUUGUAGAGAGUAAGGAAGAUAACCUUGACAGAGAUACGCAAGAUCUGUGGCCCAGGAAAAAGGGGCUGAAGCAUUUUUAAAGUCCAGAGCGAGAUAAGAUUGGGCAGUGGCUCAGGCAGACGCCUCCCUAUUUCUCUGAAUUUUAAGGAGGAGGAGGAGGCACAGCACUAUCAGACUUGCAAGAUUUUAUUACAGUCAAUCUCAAUAAAGUAUAGUUCUGGUC